AGCCAUAUUGCACUUCGAGCGACGGGCAGAAAGGAAGGAAGAAACGGCAGAACAAUAUACCCGUGUUUUCUAUUACACGAUCAGUAAUGUCCGUCAAGUGACCCAAUUUAACUAGAAGACCGUGUUGAGGUGCGAACGGAGGGGGUAAAUCAGAGGAAGUUGCCCCAGUGCCUCGGAAUUCUAGAGGGGCAAGCCAUCAUCAUCAUCAUCAUCAUCUGCUCGGAGAGAAAAGAGGAAGAGUCAGAUCUCCUGCUGAAUCUAACGAAACCACGCACGCACACACACACACACACACAAUGAAUCCAGAAUAUGAUUACCUGUUCAAACUGCUCCUCAUCGGUGACUCUGGAGUGGGGAAGUCGUGUCUUCUGUUGAGAUUUGCUGAUGACACAUACACAGAGAGCUACAUCAGCACCAUUGGCGUGGACUUCAAGAUCCGCACUAUUGAACUGGAUGGCAAGACCAUUAAGCUCCAGAUUUGGGAUACUGCAGGCCAGGAAAGGUUUCGCACCAUCACCUCCAGUUACUACCGAGGAGCUCAUGGCAUCAUUGUGGUCUAUGAUGUCACAGAUCAGGAGUCGUAUAACAAUGUGAAACAGUGGCUGCAGGAAAUAGACCGCUAUGCAAGCGAGAAUGUCAACAAGCUGUUGGUGGGGAACAAGUGUGACCUUACCACCAAGAAAGUAGUGGACUACACAACAGCCAAGGAAUUUGCUGAUUCUUUAGCCAUACCCUUCCUUGAAACGAGCGCUAAGAAUGCCACAAAUGUAGAGCAGGCCUUCAUGACUAUGGCUGCUGAGAUCAAGAAACGCAUGGGCCCUGGAGCGACAACUGGAGGAGACAAACCCAACCUGAAGAUUGAGAGCACUCCUGUGCAGCAGUCUGGUGGCGGCUGCUGUUGAAGAACCGGAGCACACAACCAUCCCUUCCCUCCUCAAACACAUUUUCUCACACCAAAAAGCAUUCUCAUGGGAGGAACCACUACAUCAAGAGCCAAUGUUCUGACCACCUUACGGCUACGUUUUGAAAUUAAUCUUCUUUUAUGACAUCACAGUCUUCUUGUUUUUACUCUCUUGCCUCCCACUUUUCAUAGACACCUCCCCCUCUUCUUAGCCAUGUUCUUUUUCCUGUACAUCUGCUGCGCCUACAUUAAUAGCCCCAUCCACACCCGUAGCCCCACCCCUUUGAACUUCAAAUCCAGGAUGGAGCUUUUGUACAUUUCAAAUGUUCACAAAUAAAGAUAAGUCUUUGAUGAGAGAAAAUAUAGGGGCGAUGCUCAAUUCUAUUAAACUCCAUUGGAGAGGUUUAAAUUGAAGUUAACCUAUCUCUAGUAUUUCUAAUUCACACAUGUGCACACAAGCUAUCAUGUACAAACUUGAAUGAUUGAGGUUAUGUGUGUGAGGGCAUGGCUUCUUUGGCUGAAUCGUUCAACAAGAAGUCAACAGCGCAUACAAAGUUGGCAAUAUUCUAUUUGUUCUCAUCCUACUAGUUUAUUAUUGUUAUUAUGGUGAUUUUUAAGACUGAUUUUUUUCCUGUAGUUUUUGUGUUUUCUAAUGAAGGCUUUGUACAAAGACUUACUGCUGUCAAAUGUCCUCAUCUGGUCGGGUGAUGGGGAGUGUUAAGGUUGGUUGAUGAAAGCUACUGUUCCCUCUGUUACCUCAAUGACCUUCACUUCUUUUGUCCAAACUGAACACCUCAGUUUCUUGAACUUGGCACAUGUCGAUGAGGUUGUUUCCUCCCAUUUGCAGCAGUUUUGGGGAUUUAGUUUGGAACCUCUACAUUUUGAUAUCCAUUAAUCAUCUUGUUGGGUUGGAUGUGCUCAGAAGCCGCUAAAACUUGUGCUCCCAAAACGGUCCAUCAUGCAUCCUAAGUGUGUGCAUUCAAGGUAUAUGCGUGUAUUUAUUUCCAUACGGUAAAAAUAUUAGCAUAUUUGUGGAGGGCCUUAAUUUUGCCAACAAUUAAAGUGUCAGUUAUUUGGAAUUGGUUUGGUGUGUUUGUGCGAAUGCAUUGUGUUACAUCUGAAUGAAGGAAUAUUGGGAUUGACUGGCCUUGCACAGAAGACCGGAUAUGAUAUACCAUGUUCCUUAAUGAAAAAUAUCCACAUGGAUUCUAGACUUCAGACCUUACAGUGAAUCGAUCUCUGUGGAUACCUACAGUCAUUUGGGACCUUUCUCAAGAACUUAUAAGUAAAGGAUCUAGAAUAUUACUGCAGAAAUUUGUUCGAAUGUUGCCUUGGGUGAUUUGAUAGGUUCAAAUGGAUGAUGAAGGGCAACCCAGGGCCCAUAUGCCCAUCUCCAUGAGGUUAAACAUCAGUCUUAUUCAGCAGAUUUCGAACACUGACUCAACUGGUGAUUGCGAUUGAGUCCUACUAUCCUCUGUUGGCCUGUUUUAUUAUUUACAACUUGGAUCUAGAAAAGCAUAGAUAAACUUUACUAGUAUUAGUGUGUCACUCUGUCUUAAUUAGGAUAGAUUCACCGUCAUGUUUUUGGAUCACUUAAUGCACAUCGAGUCAGCGUAAUCUAGUUUUGACACCACUAACACUUGCCAGUGCUAAUUUUCAUCACUAACUUUCUGUGGUGGAUUUGCUUGUAGUAUUUUGUACCUGAAUUGGUAACGUUGGGCUGGAGGGAGCAGUAGCAGGGAUGUGGGUGUGCGUGCAAUGGCCAGGAAUGGGGGAUGGGCAAGGGGCAACUGUGUUUGGGAACAUUCCUUUUGAUUUUAAAAUGUGCAGAUCCAUUGUGGAUCUUGAUUUAUGUCUGUGUGAAAUUAAACUGUAUAAGAAAGUCUCAUUUAAAACUCCCACACAUUAAAAACAAGUGCUUUUUCUGGGAUGCGUUCUUAACGGUCCUUUUGUUUUCUCAGAAGGUUUGCUGUUCUACCCAUUUUUUUUUUUAUUAUUUGGUCUAUGAAUUUAAGUGUUUUGUGCUGUGUCUCAGUUAUUGGAAGGAUUAGUGGGGUACCAUGUGGGGAGUUGAUGGGUUGGGGAGGGUUGCUUAUGAAUGUGAGGGAAAGUUCUAAUGGUUUUUGUCUUUAUUUCAUUUCUACUUUUUACCCAAAAUAUUUGCACAUCUCAUUUUUGAAUUAGGACACGGCGAUGAUAAAAUGGCGAGCACCUCUUUUGUAGUUUCCCUGUCUUACGCACACUCUUUCUCUCCACCCCCUUUGCUUGCUCACUCUGGUGCUCUGUUUCAUAGUUGGGUUUGAUCUUGUUUUCUCUUCUCUGUACAUAUUAUAAAUAUAUAUAAUAAAAAUGAUCAACUUGAGA